CACCAGAGCGGCUCGGCCCCGGCCCCCUCCAGCAAGGACCUCAAAUUCGGAAUAGACCGCAUUUUGUCUGCAGAAUUUGACCCGAAAGUCAAAGAAGGCAACACCCUGAGAGAUCUCACGUCCCUGCUGACGGGCGCGCGGCCCGCGGGGCUGCACCUCCCCGGCCUGCAGCCCUCGGCCGGCCAGCUCUUCGCGUCCCUCGAUCCCAUGAACGAGGCCUCUGCCCUCCUCAGCCCCUUAAGCUCGAACCCGAGAAACGCAGUUCAGCAUCAGUUUCAAGACACGUUUCCAGGUCCCUACGCUGUGCUCACCAAGGACACUAUGCCCCAGACGUACAAGAGGAAGCGCUCGUGGUCGAGGGCCGUCUUCUCCAACCUGCAGAGGAAAGGCCUGGAGAAGAGGUUUGAGAUUCAGAAGUACGUGACCAAGCCCGACCGAAAGCAGCUGGCCGCGAUGCUGGGCCUCACCGACGCACAGGUGAAGGUCUGGUUCCAGAACCGGAGGAUGAAGUGGCGGCACUCCAAGGAGGCCCAGGCCCAGAAGGACAAAGACAAGGAGGCCGACGAGAAGCCGGCGGGGGGAGCCCCGGCUGUGGACGGUGAUCACGAGGAGCGGAGCCCCAGCCGCUCCGAGGGCGAGGCCGAGAGCGACAGCAGCGACUCUGAGUCUCUGGACAUGGCCCCCAGCGACACGGAGCGGACUGAGGGGGCCGAGCGGUCUCCGCACCAAACCACGGUCAUCAAGGCCUCGGCGGCCGGCGCGCUCCUCCCCGCCAGCAGCGGGGCCAGCGGCAGUUUCAGCUUCGGCGGCAGCGGCGCCCCCAGCGCGGGCAUCUCCAGUAGCCUUGGCAGCGACGUCGCUCCAGAGUUGCUCCCUGCGCCCCAGCCCACCCUCAGCAGCGCUCCCAAAAGCCCGGAGCCCGCCCAGCCGCCUCUUGGAGGCCUAUAGACUGGACGGGGCGGAGGGGACCCAGGCCCUGCGUGCGGACGCCCGGACUUCCGACGUGGCUGGAUCUUGUGCCCACUUGAAGGUGGCACCGGCCGGAGAUACCGCGGGACGCUCGCGUUUUGCCCUUUGCUGGCCGCCUGGUGGCACAGCCCACACUGCCCAGUGGCCUGGGGAGUCUCCGUGCCCCCCACCCCCCCGACGGACACUUCAACGGACGCUUCUCCCGGGAUAAGAGCCGCUCACACCGCGACGUGUGACUCCACGGUUCCUUCCCGCUCUAGGGGUGGCAGAGACGCACUGCACUUCGGAUGCCACACACUUGUAAAUAAAAUGUUUAUGACGGUU